AUGGCUGUGGUCGUGAAGUUCUUCCGGUGGAUUUGGCGAAAGAUUUCUUGCUGGAUUUUGUCCUGGAAAAACAGAACUAAGUUAACCAUCAUGGAACACCCUGACUCCAGGAAACAUGUGUUGAAAAGGAUGGAGAAGCCCCCCAAAAUGAUGGAGCCUUUCAAGAUGGUUGAGACCCCCAAAGAAAUGGAGAAGAUAGAUAACCCCCCCAGGGUCUCUGAGCCCUUCAUGUUGGCCAAGACAACAGAUGGAAUGGAGGUGGGCCAUAGGGGCCGGUCCCUCCUGCGACUGCCCCAGACGGCUGUCCGGUCUAUGUCCACGCUAAUGGCUUCAGCUCUGCAGACCGGAUGGCAAAUGUGCUCCUGGAAGUCAUCUGUGAGUUCUACCUCAGUUACCUCCCAAAUGAGGACCGGGUCCCCUCUGGAAUCACCGGAAGCUGAGAUGCUGCGGGAAGUGUACCUGGUGCUGUGGGCUAUUCGGAAACAACUGAGACAACUGGCCCGCAGACAAGAGAGGCGGAGACGACACCACACCCGGACCCACUCAGGCCCCCAAUCUGAACUAAUUCAGGGCCUGAAGCAGGAUACCCGAAGCCCCCUCUAG